AUGAGUAGUGGCGGAGGUGGUGGGUGGUGUAGUGGUGGAGGUGGUAAUGGUGGUAGUAACAGUGGUGGUGGUGAGGGUGGUGGCGGAGGUGAUGGCGGUGAUGGUGGCAGUGAUGGUAUGGUCGUGGUGGUGGAGGUGGAGGUGAAAGGUAGUGUGGUGGUGACGGUGGUGGUGGGUGGGUAUGGCAGUGGUGGUAAUGGUUGUCUGAGGUGGGUAGCGGUGGAAGUGGUUGAUGGUGGUGGAGGUGAUGGUGCUAAUAGGUGGAGGGUGGUGGUAGCAGAGGUACCAGUGGUGGUGUGUAGCGGUGGUGGUGGGUGGUAG